CAGCUGUUUAUUUUUAACAUUCUCACAAAGAGACGAAGACGCAAAUCAAACUUUCUCCGCGAUUUUUCCUCCCAAAAAGAUACGAGAACGUCACCCAGUUCCAGACUCUUUUGGCUCUGCCUGGUCGUUCCCCUCUUCAGCACGAUGGCCUGGCGCUCCCGGGGACUUUCAAACGCGGAUCUGAUCCGCCAGCUGCAAGAACACGGCAUAAUCAAGAGCGAAGCGGUGGCCCAAGCGAUGACCGCGACGGACCGCAAGUUUUACGUGGCCAGCAACCUGCAGCCGUACGUCGACUCGCCGCAGCGGAUCGGGCACGGUGCCACCAUUAGUGCCCCGCACAUGCACGCCUACGCGUUGGAACUGCUGGAAGGCUACCUGAAGCCGACGAGCAAGGUGCUGGACGUGGGUUCCGGGUCCGGGUACUUGACGGCCUGCUUCGCGCGGUACAUUAACCAGAAGCCAAACGCGACCGGGCUCGUGGUGGGAAUCGAGCACCAUCCGGCGCUGGUGCAGCUUGGACGGAGCAAUAUCCGCGCGGACGACGAGACGCUGCUGGACUCGGGCAAGAUCGUGCUCAUUGAGGGCGAUGGUCGGCUGGGCAGCAAGGAGCACGCCCCGUACGAUUGCAUCCACGUCGGAGCGGCCGCGCCGGAAACACCGCAGGAACUUAUUAACCAGCUGAAACCCGGUGGCCGGUUGAUCGUGCCCGUUGGACCGGACGGUGGCACGCAGUACCUGGAGCAGUACGACAAGGAUCAGGACGGGAAGGUGGCCAAGACGCGCCUCAUGGGGGUGAUGUACGUGCCGCUGACGGAUCUUCACACGUGAUGGCCCAGCCGGGCGAGCUGGUGUCUGGCGGUGCGCGGACUGCUGGUGGUGCUGCUGCUUCUUCUAUUGGCGUACGGCCUCAUGAAACGAUUCCUCUAGAAAAA